AUGCUUAAUAAUAUUGCUGAAUUCUUGAGGAGAAUAGAUCAAUUUGGAGCAAGUUAUAAACCAAGUUAUGCUCAUGGAGAAGUAUAAUUCAAAACAAGUUUGGGAGGGUUGCUAUCUGUUGUGCUUUAUGGAUUAAGCUUAGCAUAUCUCAUUUAUGAAUUGAUUUUAUGGAAUUCUGGAAAAAUUUUGCCAAAAAUUACAAGUUUAUAAACAAAGAUUGAUACAUAUUCACUUUCAUUUGAUUAAGNCAGUUUUUCAUAUGCUAAUAGAUUGGGUAUUUUAAUAUACAUCAUCAUGUCAUUCUUAUAAACUAUUGGAUUUUUGAAUUCUGUCUUGUUUUUAUUCUCUUUACCAUUCAAAUGGUUUAGUUUUGUUAUAUUAGCUAAUUCAAUUCCAUUUGGAUUUGUAGUUGGAAUUGUUUAUUUUUGUUAUGGAUUUUCUCACUUAUUUUCUUAAAUUUAUAAAAAAGGAACCUUACAAAUUAUUUUAUCCACUGUAUCCCUUUUUAUUUGGUAUUAAUUACACUGUUUUAUUGCUGACACUUUUGAACUAUCUAUUUCCAUAUACAUAGGUGCUGUUAUGUGGGAAGGAAUAAUUGCUGUUGUUAUUGUAUGUUAUUUAUUUAGAUAACAAUUAACAUGGAUUGUAUUACCUAUCUCUGCUAUGUCUCUCCUAUACUACUUUGGAUUUAAUGGAUUAUGCAUUUUAUAUUGGGCAUUCCCUAUUAUGAAAAAGUAGUUUGCUAAAACGUAAUACUUAUUUUAAUUAGCUGGAAAUAUACUCUUUUUCAUUUUAAAUAUUUUUAAUUUAGUAGAAUUAAUUUCUUAAAAUAAGAUAACAUACAUUUUUAUUCUGAACUUAGUUUAUAUUUUUUUUGUUGAGAAAUCAAGAUUAAUUGAUUAUUUCAGAUUUUGA